UUGCGCAGUGGAAAUCCGCACCGGGGAGCUGCUGAGGGGCGCCGUUGUCAUGUGAAAGCGCACAUGCUCUGCCAUCCACGCGCACCCCCCUCUCUUCUGCCUCCGCGUGUUUUUCCUGUUUUUUCCUAACGUAACUCCUUUCCUCCUCCUCCCCUGCUCAGCCACCCGCCGCCGCUCCGCCGCCCGGGCGACCCCCGCAGAGACUCCGCGAGGGCAGUCGCGGGGCGGCCGCCCCGGAGGAUUGCGCCCGGUGGCGGGCAGCCCGCGGAGCCGCGCCCCGCGGAGCCGCCCCGGAGGUAUGGUUUUCCCGGCAGAGCAGAGCUGCGGCGGCUGCCGCCUUCGCGGGUGUUGAGACGGGAUCUGUGCGGUGCGGCUCCCGGGCUCCCAGCUUCAUGACUGCGCGGAGCGGGGAGCCAACACCAUGCGAGCACAAAUUGAAGUGAUACCAUGCAAAAUCUGUGGUGAUAAAUCCUCUGGAAUACACUAUGGAGUCAUCACAUGUGAAGGCUGCAAGGGAUUCUUUAGGAGGAGUCAGCAGAACAAUGCAUCCUACUCCUGCCCAAGACAGAGAAACUGUUUAAUUGACAGAACCAACAGAAAUCGUUGCCAACACUGCCGACUGCAGAAAUGCCUUGCCCUGGGAAUGUCUCGAGAUGCUGUGAAAUUUGGAAGAAUGUCCAAAAAGCAGAGGGAUAGCUUGUACGCUGAAGUGCAGAAGCACCAGCAGCGACUACAGGAACAGCGGCAGCAGCAAAGUGGUGAGGCAGAAGCCCUCGCCAGGGUUUACAGCAACGGCAUCAGCAAUGGCUUGAACAACCUGAAUAACGAAACUGGCAGCACCUACUCAAAUGGGCAUGUCAUCGAUCUGCCGAAGUCUGAGGGUUAUUAUAAUGUGGAUUCUGCCCAGCCCUCCCCAGACCAGUCUGGAUUAGACAUGACUGGAAUCAAACAGAUAAAGCAGGAACCUCUCUAUGACCUCACCUCUGUACCAAACUUGUUUACCUACAGCUCUUUCAACAACGGGCAAUUAGCACCAGGGAUAUCCAUGAGUGAAAUAGAUCGAAUUGCACAGAAUAUCAUUAAAUCUCAUUUGGAGACAUGUCAAUAUACAAUGGAAGAAUUACAUCAGCUAGCAUGGCAAACCCACACAUAUGAAGAAAUUAAGGUUUACCAGAGCAAGACCAGAGAAGCUCUGUGGCAGCAGUGUGCCAUUCAGAUCACCCAUGCUAUCCAGUAUGUGGUGGAGUUUGCAAAGCGCAUAACAGGCUUCAUGGAGCUCUGCCAGAAUGACCAAAUUCUCCUCCUUAAGUCAGGCUGCUUGGAAGUGGUUUUGGUGAGAAUGUGCCGUGCCUUCAACCCACUCAACAAUACUGUUCUGUUUGAAGGAAAGUAUGGAGGAAUGCAGAUGUUUAAAGCUUUGGGCUCUGAUGAUCUGGUAAAUGAAGCGUUUGACUUUGCAAAGAAUUUAUGUUCCUUACAGCUGACUGAGGAGGAGAUUGCCUUGUUUUCAUCUGCUGUUCUGAUAUCACCAGAUCGAGCCUGGUUAAUAGAGCCAAGGAAGGUCCAGAAGCUUCAGGAAAAGAUUUACUUUGCACUUCAACAUGUGAUCCAGAAGAACCACCUUGAUGAGGAGACACUGACAAAGUUAAUAGCCAAGAUACCAACAAUUACUGCACUUUGCAACUUGCACGGAGAGAAACUACAAGUAUUUAAGCAAUCUCAUCCAGACAUAGUGAACACACUGUUUCCUCCAUUAUACAAGGAGCUUUUCAAUCCAGACUCAACCACUGGCUGCAAGUGAAGGGGAUAAUAGAAUUUUCACGUAGUCAUGGAAUGCAUCACUAUUAAGACAAAAAGAAAUGUUUUCAUGAAGAACUUAUUAAAAAUGUCACUACUGCAACACUAGGAAUGUCCUGCACUUAAUAGAAUUAUUUUUCACUGCUACAGUUUGAAGAAUGUAAAUAUGCAACUCUGAGUGGGGAUGUCAUUUUUCUCUUUUCUUUUUUUUUUUUUUUUUUUAACUGACAAUGAUUAUACAGAUUUAGGACACUGUGUGUUACCUUUUUUUUAAUUUACAUUUGUUGGGGGAUGUUUUGGGAGACAGCUGUUCCUAGAAUUUUAUUGUAGAUAUACAUGAGAAUAGAGCAGUACUUUGCAGUAUUACUCUUGCUGUUUAUUGUUCAAAUAUUAUUUAAGAAAAUUCCACUUAUUAGAUUGCCUAGUUCUAUGUUUUUAGAUAGUUUAAUGCAUGUGGAAAUUUGUAACUGUCUUGGAAAUUAUGGUGCAUAUAUGGAAUACACACAUAUAUAUAUAUGUGCUAUAUACUUAUAUAUAUAUAUGAAUAUAUAGAUAGAUAUAUAUAUGUAGGUAUUAUAUGCAUACAUGCUGUAGCUUAAAAAUCACAUGCUUACAUUUAAAGGAUGCUCAGCCCAGCUGUAAUGUAUUUCUUAAUCUCCAAGUAAUGUAUUAGAUUUAUUUUGGGCAAUCAAGAUUUGCUUUGCCAGUCAAGAGUUAAAUUAUCAGCUGCCAAUGUGUAAUGACAGGAUCACUUCUGAGAUAUGUAUAAUGUAGUGCAUGUGUACUGUGUGUAAAUCAAACAUCAGGAAUGUAACAAUGGUUCAAAAGCCUUGUCUGGAUGAUUUUAGUGGAGAAAGGAGUAGUUGGGUUUUUUCUAUUUUCUCACUGUUGCAGGGAUAGAGCAUAUAUAAAAGUGAACAUAGGACCUGAUGUUAGUAAAGUGUCUGGAGUAAAAAUGUAGAUUAUCUCAUAUG